GAAAAAUACUAGUAUAGCAAACCAUUUAUUUAAAUAAACGUAAUAAUCUCAUUUUUGGGUCUUAGGCAUGUUUACACAUUAGUAUUAACGCAUCUCUUUUGACAUUCCCAACCGCCUCUGACACAUGCACAAACCCACCGCAAUAAUGCCUAACGGAACGUUACCUCUGAAUGGCGAAUCAAUGCCAAUAUUUACCCCAGCAUACUCAAGAGCAAGAGGAAUCUUCACCAAUACUACUGCAGUAGGCAUUUCUUAUCGCGUUGCCGCAUCUCAGGUCACCCAUCUUGUCCCAGAUGUUCUCGAACUGGAGGAAGAGCCGCUUAUGACUUCGCUGUUUCUCAGCUACGGAAUGAGCCCUGUUGGGUCCUACACUGAAUAUGCUCAUCAGGUGGAGGUGACCUACAAGGGCAACAAGUUCUACUAUAAUCUUCUCUUCAUUCUUGACAACGAUGCCGCCAUUUUCGCUGGUCGCGAGCUCCUUGGCUUUCCCAAGGUACUGGGAAAGAGUGUUAUUCAAGAGUUUACAGGUACUCGGCUUGUCACCGGCAGCACAGAGAGACCUGCAGGAAGGAAAAUGGUCGAGUUUGAGUUCGUUCCUGAGCAAAUGGACACCAACGCGCCUCCACCAGACAGAUGGAUGCUCAACCUCCGCAACAUCCCCUCGCCACACGUUGGUCAGCCCCCCUCUGUUCAAGAAUUCAUUCCAGUUGGUCUGGGAAUGAAGUGCGAUGAGGUUUGGACGGGAAAGGGUUACAUUAACUUUCCGAGGAAGUCGAUCUCUGAUCCUUGGGUUAACUUGGAUAUCCUGAGAUAUGAGGGGAGCUUUAUGGCGAGAAACGCGACCGCUGAGCUGCUUAUUCGACAACCUUCUCGGAAACCAGCAUGCUAUUAACAACCUUAAAGGCCAUAUAUAAGAUUAAUAAAUUAAGGUGUUUCAAGGCUCUUUUCUUCUUAUCUUUAGCACGAAGCAUAUAUCCUUCUCUUUUUAAUAGAGUUGUUUA